AACAUGGCAGAGGAAAUCCCAUAAAAUUGUAAUUGUAGUUCGGCUCAUGAGUAGAAUAUGAAUAUUUCUACUAGUCAAAAAUAAACAAGAAAAGUAUAGCGGCCUGUUUGCCAACUGGUUGUCAUUUACCAAAGGUCGACGUAAAACUAGUGCGUGCAACUAUUGUGACUCUCCCAAGGUCAGAUCAGCAAAAUAAUCUGGCAUUUAAAGAUAUUUAUCGUCUGCCUGAAUAAAAUCAACUUGUAACUAUCAUGUGAUUUGCGAUACUUUGUUUUGUCCGACAGUAUUAGUUCUUCAGUUGCACUACCCACCUCAAUACCAGUAACACUGAUGGAUACUUUGCCAAACAAUCAUAAUAAUAUCGAGAAUUACACUAUUUUCUAGAAAUACUGCAAUUUUUUAUGUACAGUUUACUCUCCACGGUUUUACUACGUAUUGACUAUAGUCAUGGAUGCGCAACAUCAACUCAGUGCUAACUAGUCAAACAAUAGUUUGCAUACGUCCUUCAAUUGAUAGCCAGCCGGUGUGGUGUUACGGCUAAUCCUCUGGUCAACAUUUUUACGUCACUCGUAGCUAUAUGACUAGAAAGCUCUGAUUAGUGUUUGGUAAUAUGCAUAGCGAAGCAAACGAAAAAACGGUUGUUUUUGAGAUAUCAUUACCUGAUGACGAGGGCUGCCAUGAAUGCUCUUAUCUCGAGCUGUUUCAACAACACCUGGUACUAUCACGUAACAUGUUUAUUAUCAGUUUGUUGUUCUGUUUGACUGUUUCUACUAUCUUCAUAUUUGUCGGUUUUAUUUUGCUUCUUGUAUUUUCUCGACUAACUAAGAUAUAUGCUGUUAUUACGGUGUACUUAUUGCCCAGUCCAUUCUUAUUGGCCAGGGCUCGACCUUGAGCGUGGGCGUCGUACUGUUGUGCUGACGUUAGCUACAGACUCUGUUUUUAGUAAAAUAACACGUUUUUAUUUUGAAUAUAUCAGGAAUCAAAUAAUAAUCAAAAAAAUGGGGAUAACCCUUUCGCAUCCAAUGAAGCUGCAGAAGAAAAAAAGCUUUCUGACCUAGCUAAGGCACUCGAGAGGAAAUAUGGGACUAUGGUUACUAUGAAGAAUAGUGGAAAGCACAAGCGAGUUCGUAUAGAUGAUUUCUUGGACCCAGGAGAUGGAUACGAUACACAAGAUUCAUUUAUCGAUGAUUCCGAAGCUAUUGAUGUAUUUGUGGCCCCGAACAUUUCUACUAAGUUUGGAGGAUAUUUUGUACAUCAAGGAACUGUUGAAGGACUUGAAGAUCAGAGUGCGAAAAUUGAGGCCCCUUGGAGUGCAAGGAUAUUGGUUUGUGUAAAUGAAACUGAUUCCAUUAUCCGAUAGACAAAUACUAAUUCAUCUCAAAACGUUAUGAGGAAAAAAAAUAAAUCCAAAGAGCUUCUGGAUAAAGCCGUCAAACGCUUGUCAACUCCUAAUGCUUUUAAGCCUAAGUUGUUUCUGUCGGAACCCCGAACCCAAAUGCGCAAUUUAGACUCCCUAUUUGAUGAGGUUUUGUACACAUCGACAGCAUCUGAACAAGACAGUAACGCAAAAGGCAUUGAGAGCUGUGAGGACCCAAAUGAUAGAAAUGACUCUUCUGUCGUCACUGCAAAGUCAUCAUGUGACAUGGGAAAACCAAAAGUUCUUCCUGAGAAUUUACCACCAGACAUAGUAGCAUGCCUUAACAACUUAACAGAGCUCAAUAAACAUGGAACAAAUCAACGUCGUACACUAGGAAAACCAUUUGAUACAGAACUACUAAAAUUGGAUGUAAAGUUGAAAGAAUUGAUGAUAAAUCAGUCUGUGAGGUCAGAUGUAUUCAGCUACUUAGAAAGUCACUUACAAUUGAAACACAAAGCUGUAAUGCGUAGACUUAAAAGAUUGAAAGAAGAUAAACAAGAACAAAGAAUGAACCCGCUAUUGGAUGCUCUUGGUGAAGCUAUUUCAUCGUCUAUGCCUCCAAUUAUUGAAAGUUAUACAAGAGAUAAAGAGGUUCACUUGGAACGUAUCAAAGCUUGGCAAACGGAAAAUUUGCAAAGCGGUUCAGAUUUAAACGAUAAUCAAGGUGUUAAUGGCUCAAGCGACGGAAGCUUAUCGAAACGCCCUCCAAAACCCGGACCUCCUAAGAAAAUCUACCGAUGGAAUUCUGAAUGCAGGCAACUUUUCGAUAAAAUCAUCCUUUGCCGACUUGAAAGUUAUAAAUUGUUGAACAUCAAAGGUUCUGCUGAAGACUAUCUGAGACGCCUUUUUCCAACUUUAAUUCAACUUUGGCCUGAUGGUUGGAUUACUAAUGCCGCAUUAUGGCGUACUGGCUUACCAAUCUUCCAAAAGUUUUGCAGCGAUAAUGGUUUGAGCAACAGCACUUCAGCAUCUCAAUCGCUUGCACGACCUACGAACAACAAUAGCAACCAUAACAGUUCUACGCAUACAAAUAAUGGGAGAAGUCACAAUUCACCUUCUUCUGCAAAUACAACACAUCUUCCUGACUCUAAUGCUCUAUCACAACAAAAUUCACCUGUUGUCAUUGUACCCCAUAUUUCUUCGAAUAUUUCGGUUUCAACUGUCUCCAAAACAGUUCCCAAGGUACCCGAUCAUGUAGUAUCAAACAGUAGUCCACGUACAAGUUUAUCGGUUGUUUGCAGCCCUAAAUCUAGCCCUCAUUUAGUUCCUGUCACAAAACAUUGUCAAUCACUUCCUACAGCUCACUCACCCACACAACCAAUUAAUCGCCCCAAUUUCCGAAUUACCCCAUCUUCAGUUGCUCAAAGUUCAAUUCAUUCGAAAACUGUCAAUACUAAGACUCCAGUAACUGUUUGCGUGGAUACUGGAACUUCUCGCUUCUCGUAUGUCCUGCAAUCAACCACAGCAUCUAUAUCUCCAAAUUCAUUAGUAGUUCCUGUGUCAACUUCAACAUCUCAGAAUUCACAGUUAAAUCGAACACCUAUUUUACAGAAUGAAGCUGUUAUAGGUCGAACGGCUAACCCGGGUAUACCUCUGCGUCUUGUCUCAUCUAGUUCUUCUAAUCCUGUAGCCACUAUUUUAGUGUCCAAGGCGGUACAGCUUAACUCAGAACUGGGCAAAUCUACAGUGAUCAAUCCAGUAGCUAUGAAAAGACAAUCAUAUCCCCAGUGUCAAUCUUCACAGCAAGCUCCCACUGCUCAGCUAAAGGUUAAUGAACUUGGAAAGUCAAUGGUUUCUGUUAAUGAUGGUUUUCCAAAACCGUGUGCACCAAACGUCCCAUCGAAUUUUCCCCAUGAUUCAAAUAAGUUUAGCCAGCAAAUUACCCAUCAGUCUGCAGCUGUCGCUCUAUCUAGCCAACAGAUUGACCAACUACAACAUCGCGCAUUGUCUAGUACUGGGAGAGUGGGAUUGAAUUUAAAUCCGACACUAGGUGCGGCAUCAACUCUCCUCUUUCCCCCACAACCUCCUCCUGCUCAUCAAUCUAAAUACCAGAGCUUGUCUUCACAAAAAGAGGAUCCUAGAGAAAAUAUUAUUGGGAGUAUACCUUCUGCUCAUUCUAGUAACAACCAAAAAUUAUGAUAAAACUCUUAUGUUAGCUCGUGAAUUUAUUAUGUAAACACUCAGAUGAAUCCAGUUUUAUUGAUCACUAAAUAUAUCUGACCCUCUGUAUGUAUUGAUAAGUAGGAACAUACGCAUUUAUAUUGGGCAUCUUAGACUAAUUAUUACUACUUCCAUCAUAGUUAUCAUUGCAGCUGUCCUUAUCUUUUUCUUUCCCGAUUGUGCAACAUUACUCAUCUAGUCCAUCAAUCAUUCAUUAAAUUGAUUUUAUUUAAACUUUCCUUUUUUAUCGCGUGUAUCGUAAUUUCUUUCAAAUGUUUCUUAUUCCGAAAGGAGUGUAUGUAUGAAUUUACCUAACUCUGUUAUUUCUUUUUUCAGCAAAAUGAUUUCUAGGUUAAUAAACGAACAGUCUCUAUGUUUCCUUAUUGACAUUGAAGUCAAUAAUUUGUUCUCUCUCUAUAUUUUAAUGUUUUCUUCCGUCUUUUCUUAUUUUCUUACUGUAUCUCUUUUAACGUGUCGCUCAAAAAACACGCCAUUAUUACUUAUCAGUGUAUAAAUUGUUUGGCAUGGCUGAGUAAGUCUAUACACAUCUGGAACUAUUAGAAUUCUGUAACUUGACAUAUAUAUAAUUGUAAGUACAAUUAUUUAGUAUUAUGUAAUUAUUGGGGUAAAUGUUUUCUUCAUAUCAUUACUGUCUUGUAAAGUGUGCAUAAAAAGCAAAUCGUUGAUUGAUUAGUCUUUCUUUUAUCUACUAUCACCUAAGUAAAAUAGAUGAUGAAAUCCAGUUUGAACACUACCAAUUAUGAUGUGGAGAUAAUCAAUUGACGGGGGUCCAUAAACAUUUCAUUUAAAUCCAGUGUUGAAAACGUCUGCGAUAGUGGUGUAAAAAUAUUUGAGUGGACCUAUCCUUAGAUCGCUAGAAAGUUUGUAUGCCUAAAUAGAUUUGUGAAUCCUGAUGGAGUUUUCGUACAGGCCACUCAAAUCAUUUAGGAACUAGUGCCCGUAAGUACGAUGUUUGCUUGGCACCUUCAGAAUCCACACUGUUUCACAAGCUUACGUACCAAACUGUUAUUGUGGAUCUUUUUAACUAGUCGAAAUGUUCAUACAUUUAGUAGUUUUGUGAGUUAAGGUCGACAUACCUGAGUCAGACACAGCAAAGUCUCAUAAUUUGGAUUAUCUGUAGCAUUGAUGAUGUAAAAGUCCGAAUAUACAACGCGUUAGGGAAAGCAGUUCUGUUACAUAAAUCUAAUGCAUAGUUCAGGUGAGGAUGUGUGAUCACCAUUGUCUCUCAAGGAUUUUUAUUUUUUAUUUAUUUGGACACAUGAAUA